CCUUGUUUGGCCAUGUGAGUAGAGAACGAGGAGAAAAAUUUUUGUUCUCUUCCUGCCUGUCAUGAAAACCCAGAAGCAGCCAAGAAUCAAAUACCAAUCUGAAUGCGACUUGGCGCCUGCCGGUGUGAAAAUACUCCAGGGAAUCGGAUCGGAUUGGCAGACGAGCGCUGCUCCUGUUGGUCAAAGACUAACACAUUUAUUCAGAAACAAGGAAAAUAUGGAAGCAAUUUUAAAUCCUAAGGAAUCUGCCAAGCUUAUAGCAGAAAACAGCAAAGAUGUGUACAUUGAAGACGGUGGUGUGCAAAAGGUUGCAGAGAUGUUGUUUGAUAAAGUCACAGAGAAGGAAUUCAGUGUGGCUGGCUGGAAGUCUUCUCAUGAGUUAAACCCUCAAGAAGCAAGUGAAGAUGCAGUGAACUGGGUAUUUGUUGCUGAUGUGCUCAAUUUUUCCUUUUGGUCUGAACAUGAAGACCAUAAAUGCUUGGUGAAAUACAAAGGCAAGACUUACAGUGGCUUUUGGUCUCUUUGUGCUGCCAUCAACAGAGCACUUGAUGAAGGAACACCCAUUACUAGUGCUUCUUAUUAUGCCACUAUGACCUUGGAUCAGGUGAAGCAUGCAUUUCGUUCUGAUACAGAGGUGCCUAUGCCUUUAAUUGAGGAGAGACAUCACGUACUAAAUGAAGCUGGAACAAUUCUGCUGGAGAAAUUUGGGGGCUCCUAUCUCACAUGCGUUAAAGAAAGUGGGAAAAGUGCCCAAAAAUUAUUACAGAUAAUAGUGGAAAAUUUUCCAUCUUUUAGAGAUGAAGCUACAUUUCAGGGUAGAAAGGUAGCUUUUUACAAACGGGCGCAAAUCCUUGUGGCUGACACCUGGAGUGUGUUGGAGGGGAAAAGAGAUGGCUGCUUCAGUGAUAUUUCCAAAAUCUCUAUAUUUGCUGAUUACAGGAUACCACAAGUUCUUGUUCAUUUAGGAGCAAUGAGAUAUUCAGAAGAAUUAAUGAACAAACUUAAGAAAGGGCAUAUGUUCCAGUUUGGAGACAAUCAGGAAGUGGAGAUUCGAGGUUGUAGUAUUUGGUGUUGUGAGCUUAUCUGCAACGGUUUGCUUGAACUUUAUAAAAAGAAAGGUGACAACAUGAGUGAAAAGAUUAAUGCGGUUCUCCUUGAUUAUUAUCUAUGGGACUAUGCUCGGGAUCAUCGAGAAGAUAUGAAAGGAGUACCUUUUCACUGUGUACGUUCCAUAUACUAUUAAUACCAUUUAUACAUGAUAAUGAUAUAAAGCAUCAAAAUCUCCAAAAUUUCUACAUAUAAUUUGGAUUUUUAAAAAAAAAAUUGGCAUGGCUGCCCACGUGUUAAUUUAAGAUUUGGGUCUUUAAUCUCCAUUUUAUCAGAAGAAAGGCAUUUUCUUGAAUAUUGACAUUCCAAUUCUGUAAGCAAUAUAUUUCUUUAAUGGGUUUGAUUAAAAUGUAUGAAACUGGUAAAAAAAAUCUGGAUUACAUAUAAAAUAAAAUAAAAAUCUUACAAAUUAA